CACCACUGAAAAUACUCCACAAGCAAAGGUAACACAUGGAAAAGUUAAUCCCAAUGGAUUCCUUUUGUGCAAGGCUUCUUGAGGACUUUUGUUGAGAAGCAACCACCACCCCGCUGUCCUCCUUUUCUACCUACUGCAUGGUCCUAUCUUCUGAUUCAUUGGGCACUGAUGGUAGCCUUCAGAAGGGGCAGUUUCAAAUCGUCCACUUUCACCUCUAGCCAGAGAAGAACCUGGGUCUUGGAUUGCAACAACACCUUCCGGAAAAAUGGUAUACGAGGACAAGCAUCUAGUCUCCGGCCACUGUUUCUUCCUACUCGCAGCCAAAUUCUGUUGGAUGCUCCCGAUGAUGCGAGGAACUCAUGGCCAGGAAUAUGCCCACUCCAUCCGACUCGAUGGAGAUAUCAUCUUGGGGGGACUCUUCCCUGUCCACGCAAAGGGGGAAAGAGGAGUACCUUGUGGGGAGCUCAAGAAGGAAAAGGGGAUCCACCGGCUCGAGGCAAUGCUAUAUGCAAUCGAUCAGAUCAACAAGGACCCUGACCUCCUUGCCAAUGUCACUUUAGGAGUCCGGAUACUAGACACUUGCUCCAGGGACACCUACGCUUUGGAGCAGUCUUUAACAUUUGUGCAAGCCUUGAUAGAGAAAGACGGGUCUGAUGUGAAGUGUGCUAAUGGAGACCCACCUAUUUUCACAAAGCCGGACAAGAUAACGGGGGUUAUAGGUGCAGCUGCAAGUUCAGUGUCCAUUAUGGUGGCUAAUAUUUUAAGACUUUUUAAGAUACCUCAAAUCAGCUAUGCAUCUACAGCACCAGAGUUAAGUGAUAACACCAGGUAUGACUUUUUCUCUCGGGUGGUGCCACCUGACUCUUAUCAAGCCCAAGCCAUGGUUGAUAUUGUGACAGCACUUGGAUGGAACUAUGUUUCGACGCUGGCUUCAGAGGGGAACUACGGAGAGAGCGGAGUCGAAGCAUUUACACAGAUCUCGAGGGAAAUUGUACCUAGGGCCUAUGAGGUGGAGUGA